AUGUCGAGCAUUUUCAACUUUAACUGGAAAGCGUCACUCCGGUGCGAUCCAGACGUCGAGCCUUCUCCGAUCGAACGGGAUUUAGUCCUCCUGCUGUGGCGUCUCUGGAGAGUGUGCCCCCAGAACGAGAGAGCAGAAAUACAAGAAACGAACAUCAACUCGGCGGCCGUCAGAGUACCAGAGUACCCGCAAAUUUUCGUGACCAAAGAAGUGACGGUCACGUACGAAGAGGAGGCCUGA